GGGUUUUCUGUGGGUCCUCUUUCACUUCCUCAUUCAUGUAGCGUUAUUGUUGGUUGGUGACGAAUGUCCCUUCCUCACCUCAUCAUGCACACAAAAUCAUUCCAGCCACUCACUUGAGAAAUUGCACAUCUCGAGAAUCGCCUAACUUACCGAUAGCACGCUAACAUACCAGAAACUUUAUGUCACUCACCUACAGGGGGUCUCCUAUAUCUAGUACGGUCCAGUGGUUGGGGCAGAAGUCUUGUGUCGCCCCAAUUCGUUCGUAUCUGCUUUCGCCCACAGCACUCAAGAAAAAAAGCACAAAGUAUGGCCCUCCACGUAACAUGCAUAUGCCGCCGGCGGUUGCCAGUCCGACCAAGUGCAUUCUGAUAACACCGGGCUCCGCCAUGCUUCUAAUGAGAGGCAAAUUGACGGGCCGGACCAGCCAGAUAAACUGCACGCCCUCGAAGACCACCUCGAUAAACACCAUGAUCAGCAGACCGGCCACUCGUCCAAGCAGCUGCGGAACCGAUGGAGACAGCACUUGGUCGAGAGUGAUGAUGCAUAGGUUUGUGAGAAUAAGCACCGUAAGUUCCACCAACCCGUAAGCGUGCACCUGCUGCAUUCAUUGUCCAUCGGCGGAAAUCAGUCAGAACAGGGGGGAGACGUGGGAUUUGAAGGUAUGAAGACAAUUCACUUGCUCCUCCCUUACGUCGCUGAGCCUCCUGAGGAAUAUUAGGUGAAGCUUGAACUGGACAACUCGUGUGGGGACAUCGAGAAACGAGCUCAAGGACCUCAGCAAUUGGCGGCUGAAGAGAGUGCUGGCACCUGUGCGACUCCCUGUGUAGCUCAUUACAGUAGUGGACAGUCGGCUGAGCGGUUUGGCCGACGGCUGCUUGGUGACGUUCGGUCUUUCUGUGUUGUGGGGGCCUUCGCCAGUAACGGUAUUGGGCGUCUCGUUUGAGUGCUGAUGCUGAAUCUCUCUGCAUGCUUUGCAUGAGGACAGACACCGCACCAAUGCUCUCUUUGCCGCACCGCUAAUAACCAUUACUGCAGGUAGAGAUAGACAAACAUGGACAAAAAGUAUGAAUCCGCCAAUGGUCGCGUAUACGUCUCAUAUGUGCAUACUUGUACUAACCAUAUGGGACAGCCAAGUCGGUCAACAAGUCGAAUGACGCCAGAAUAAGCGAAGUCAAAAUCUGAGAGAACUCAUGGACACCGAGAUCAGAAAAAAGUGACCGAAGCGUGCGGUUUGCAUGCAUCUUUUAGCUGAGAGGACACAUGCUCCAUCUUGGCCUGCAUCAUCCUUGGGUAGAAAACGAAAGCUACCGCCAGAAACGAGAUCAGGACCCCUGAUUGCAGCGCAGGACCGUCGCGCAAUGAGCGGACCAGCGCCAUCACUACAAGACGAACAAAUCGAAGGCAUAGGAUGAGGCUACGAUGAGACUAUGCUACCUUACGGAGUGCAAGAAGAGGGGAAAUGGUGAGCAACCAGGUCAUGAUCACAAUUUUUCUUAAUAAUUCCGCGACCUCUCGCUAUGUCUCGAACAAGAGGGAAGAAGAAGGAUCGCGCCGAAAAUGAAAAGGUCACUAGCAGGAAAAAUACGAGCCCCAUCUGGAUGACAUAAAGACGUUUUCUUACAACUGUCCUCGAUGUCAGAGCCACUUGGCGGAAGACGCUGCAGGGAGCACACAAGAGAGUGUGAGCUGCCAUUUGAAAGUGUCCUUCAUUUCUUCCCUUUCUUACAUCACUGGCAGGACAAUCCCUACGUACUCAUAGAAACAACCUGCGAUUAUGAUCCGGUAAGGUCGCAAGGCCUCCACGUUGAAGAACACCGCCCCCGCACCGACGUGUAGGAUGAAUAGAAGAGCGAAGAAAGGCCAUGUUGUCUUCAAGCGAUAGAGGGCCUCACGAAAGCUGCCUUCAGCCGCAAACAGCAUCGUAGCGAUGAUGCAUAGGGCAACAACAAUGCGGCGAGAUACAUCAAGCACAAUCCACGGUCCUUUACAUGCCCAGAAAUACCCGACCCAAACCAAAGCCCAGAGAAACGCGAUAGUUGCCGCAGCGGCCACUUGAAAGACGAGUACCUUUGCCGUCCGCCUCACUGUCUUCCGAAAGGGCUCCAGGGUGAACACAGCACCAACAAAAACGUCCCUUUCAUAGCGGAAGUGAGUCUCAAACUCCUGAAAGGAGGCUGCAGGUCCCGCACAGAGUCGAAACUCAGCCACCAUGGCCGACAACUCGCGCUCCUCGCUCCGCAAUGGUUUUCCAUCUUCUUCUCCGACCUCAUUGUCCCCGGCCCCCCUCUCUGAACAGGUCUCCACAGCAGCAGUUGCGCCCGUGCUCUCGUCGCCGAGCUUCGUGAGGGGUUGCCGCUGUCCCCGUGAGGAAUCGGGCUGCGGGGCGGUGUGUUCAAUAUCUACGAUGACUUCAUCGAUGGUGGAUUCACAGACCGCCUCCAUUGGACUGUCGUUGCUUCGCUGUCGUCCAAAGUGUCAAACUUUGUUCGUG